GGCAAAUCUCUUUUAGUAGUAUUUGUAAAGCAUAUUCUAAAUAGAAAACUUUGAAUAAGAUAAGGACAGCAGGUUCGAAUUUGGGUUUGAAUAUGGUAAUUGUAAAAACCUCUUUAGGAUAUAGCUAAACUACUAAAUCUGGCAACUCUUGUCGAAUAUGAGAGUUGCUCUUUAGAGCCGAGAGAAAAGCGAUUGUAUACAUGCUGACCAACUGAAAGAGCGUAGAGAAUUUGGGAUGCAAACUCCGAGAAGGACGAUGGCGUUAUCCUCGCGUAUAAAGUUUACCAUUAUAGCAUAACAAGCAAGCAGUUACUACUCGGGUGUGCUACGUUUAAGAUGCCAAAUAUUUCCCAACACCGCAAUUGUCUCACAUAACAAAACCAACUGCUGAAAAUUUUUGAACUUGACAGUGAAUAUCGUUGCAACCAUAACCACAAUAAAAGUGGUUAAUAAGGUUAACGCGAAACAAAAAUCAAUCAAUUUCUACUUGUGUACACAACGGUAGCAUAUGUAAUUGAAUGCAGUGUGGAACGAAACUUCACUUAACUAAGGCCUAUUAUUAUGUAGAAAAGGAAGAGACCUUCAAAUUUCAUGCAAUCCGACAGUGAAAUUGACAACACAUAAAACCGCACAUACGAAAAGGACAACUCGCAAAGCACAGACGCCCUUCCAAGUAACACAAAACUUUCGUGGGAGUCAGGCACUUGAGAUUCGUUAUUUGUGAUUCGCAUUUACACAAUCACUUCUCGCCCAUCUACCUCGCCACCUUGCAUCAAGCCAUCAACACAUCCACUUUCAAAAACAGCAAUACACAAGCUCGACCGAUUGUCACAACUGUUUCGAUGUCGCAAGUCGGCGGAUAAGCGAAACACUAAAACAAACAAAUAAUCUAGACCCUCAACGUAAUGAGAGCGAAAGUAACACGUCAUAUUUGGUACCAUUCCCAUUGAAAAGCCUCAAGGUGCACCAUUAAAACAGAGUAACCUAAAAUAUUACCACAUAAAAACCUAUAUACAAAAUUAGGCUAACUAAACUGAAAGAAAUUAGUUUCUAUACAUAAAUGUUAGAAAGUGUAAAUAGCUAGAUAAAUUGUGAUUUUUGCUGUUUAUUCCUCGCUUCCUCAAAGAUUUGACGGUAAAAUUUAUGUCCAUCACAGCAGUGCAUUCCAGUUUCAGUUAAAUUUAUUGAAAAUCAUCCCGGUUGAAUUCUUGAUAAAGAUCGUAAACAGAAUGAGUGAUAGUCGCCGCAAUACUGCAACAGAAUUCAGUUACAUCCUACAAAGACAGGGAAGCGAUGUUUCGGAAAGUGAAACUCAUGCAUUUGAUGACAUCAAUAAUCUUAUGGAGGCAAAGCACCCAACCAUGCGCCAACAGCGCCCGAAUACCGAUGCAGAAGGACAGCAAAAUGAGUCGUCGAUAACAUUAGGGGGAGACGCACUAUCCUCACUUCCUCAAGCAUCAUUCAACUAUAUAAAUUCUAUUGUCGGCAGCGGCGUCAUUGGCAUUCCAUAUGCACUUCAUCGCGCUGGUUUUGUACUGGGUUUAAUUCUGCUAAUAUUAAUUGCUUACAUCACGGAUUACUCACUCAUUUUAAUGGUAAGAUGCGGACAUAUAUGCGGAAAGUUUAGCUACCCAGGCAUUAUGGAAGCGGCAUAUGGUAAAUAUGGAUACUACCUUCUGUCGAUAUUACAAUUCAUGUAUCCAUUUCUGGCUAUGAUUUCGUAUAAUGUCGUCGUAGGUGAUACUUUGUCUAAAGUGCUAGUACGGUUUUUUCCGUCAUGGACUACGUCGAUGCGCGCUGUACGGCUGGGUGUUGUGUUCUUCGUUACAAUUGGCGUUGUAGUACCGUUAUGUCUAUACAAAAAUGUUUCUCGAUUAGCCCGUGCCAGUUUUAUUAGUUUGGCUUGUGUGGUGUUCAUUUUGUUUGCUGUAAUUGUAAAGUUGUUGUCGGGUGAUUACACUGUCGCUGAUUCCCCCGAAUCUUGGAGAUUUGCCAACAUUGAUUUGAUUCCAGCAACGGGCAUUAUGGUUUUUGCAUUUAUGUGCCACCAUAAUACGUUUUUGGUUUAUCAGUCAAUGAGAAAUGCUACGCUUGAAAGAUGGGAGAAAGUCACGCACAUUUCAAUUGGAUUUGCUUUAGCAGUAGCAGCUCUCUUCGGUAUUGCUGGAUAUUCUACAUUCCGUGCGCUGUCUCAAGGCGAUUUAUUGGAGAAUUACUGUUGGAAUGAUGAUCUGAUGAAUUUUUCACGGGUGCUUUUCUCUAUUUCCAUUUUAUUGACUUUUCCAAUAGAGUGUUUUGUUUCUCGAGAGAUUGUACGCGCUUUUGUGCACCGCUUUGUACUGAAGGAACCAAUUAGUGAGUUGACAUUAGACAAAGAUCCCAAUCUCGAGAAGGGCGCCGAUUUUGAUGAAUAUGGAAAAACCAUAACAUUGGCUAUAGUUUUCAGUGCUUUUAUCAUUUCGCCAUUAACUGAUUGUUUAGGAUCGGUACUGGAGUUAAAUGGGCUUUUGGCAGCGAUUCCUUUGGCAUACAUUCUACCUGGUCUAGCUUACAUACAAAUGGAAUCCCACUCUCUCUUCAGCCGCGAAAAAUUGCCGGCACUCGGUCUGGUCGUCUUCGGAACCAUUGUAACAAUAAUGGGUGUGGCCGUACUCCUACCAGGACUUAUGGGAGAUUGUCGUGCUGAUGUUGUCAUGGAUUACUGUAAGCAGGAAUUGACGGAGGAUGGAAAAACCAAUUCUACCAUGGGGCACAAAUAAAACAGUAAAUUAGACCGUAUUGUGACCGUAGUGAUCCACUUAAAUAUACAUAUUAGGAAUCGUUUUAAAAUUACAAUUAAAACAGUCGUAUGCACCUGUUAAAUAUAUGUUACAGUUGAUAAAGUAUGUACAUACACACAGGCACUCCAAUAAUGCGAAUAUGUUGUCGAAAUUGUCUUGCAAAAAAUAUUUAUUAGGGAAAAUAUUAACUAUAAGAAAUUAAAUUUAAAGACAGUUUGUUCAAAAGUCCAAUCGAGAUACAAAAUACAAAAAAUAAUGUAAAGAUGAACUUCGCCAAUUGUGAUUUGUGUUUAAGAUUCACAAAAAAACACUGCGAAUGUGUAAAGAGUCACGGCUAACAAUAUUUCACCGUCAAAUUCCCAUUUAUAAUUUUAUGAAUUUUUUCGGCAUUGUUAAAAUUUUUUUUGAAUAUAAUUCUUUAAUUUAUACACAAUUAAGUUUAUAUAUGAUUUAUUUUCAAUUGUUGCAAUUUCAUUCUACACUAUUUAUUUCCAAAUAAAAAAUAUUUUUCUGUUCAACGUCCUAUCGCAAGAUCGACAGAUGUAUAUACAUAUUAUAUGUACAUGUAUGGCUACGAGCAUUUCCGCGUGGGAUUAUCCUAAAUCGCUCUAAAGCGUUGUGAAAAAUUACAAAUUUGAAACUCAACAAGGAACCAAAUGCAUCAAAUAUUAUUAACUUAUAGAGUUUAACAGUUAAAGCCUAUUUACACUGACUACACAGACAGUUCUACAGAGUUUGUACAUUUUUUGCAAGAUACCUGCUGAAGCUAUGAGCAUUUUAAAAGAAAACAGGAAGUGAAAAGUAACUAUUUUAUCCAGAAAUUAACAUAAGUUUUAAUAUUAUAUACGAUAUAUACAUACAUACAUACAUAAACUUACAUCGAGUACAUGCAGCACAUAUGGCACUUGCAUACGAAUUCAAGAAGAAAUCUUGUUACAUAAUUGUAGAUUACCAAUAUUAUAUUAAAGUUUGUUAUUAGAGUCGAAAGAAGCUAUACUCUAAAUCAUUAUAUAUACUAUAUACAUACAUGGUAAAAAUGUAUAUACUCACGAAUAUAUACAUACCAUGGCAGAUUUCUGCUUUUACUGAGGUUUUCAUAAGUAUGUCGAAAGUAAAACUUUGAAUAACAAAAUAUAUUAGAUUUUGGAAUCAUUUGCGCACUCUUUAAGUUUUCAAAAUGAACGUUUUACAGUUAUAGACUUUGGCGUAUAGAACGUUACUAAUACACAAAACUCUACCCUGUCAUUGACUUAAGCUAUUUCUCCAAAAAUGGCAGCAUUCGUGUUAUAUAUGUAUGGUAUAUAGCGCAAAAAUUUUCCUCUCCCACAGUAAAAUUUUUUUAUAUUUGAGCGGUUAAAGUAAAUUAGAGUUAUUACUUUGGUACUGGUAUGUAGAAACUUUAUUAAAGUUUGUGGAAAGCAAGCUUUCUAAUUCAUUUACAAAAAUUACAAAAAAAAAAAAAUCCAUUCAAUUCCCAUUCAUUAGUAACUCUUGUGGGCCCUCGUUGACUUUGGAAUUCACUAGAAUUAGUGUGAUGUCGUUAAAAAAGUUGUUACGUCUAUUGCCUAUUGGUCAGUGGUUUUACUUUACUGUAACCCGAACUGAAUCUCAUAACGAAUUUUUUUGCGUUGUUGAUGGAAUUUGCUAAAUCUCUUCAUUACUUAAACCAAUCGUUCUGUAAUUUGAAAAAACGCCCCAUCAAACAAUUGUAAAAUGUUUGUUAUAUAAUUUUUUUCUUUUCAGAAAUUUAAGAGUUACGUAUUAGUGCAAUUAUUGUAAAUCCCCUUAUAUGAGUAUAGAUACGGAAUCACUUUCACCAUACAACUCAAACUCACAAACUAUUUUCAUUGUAAAAUUUGCUACUCGGGUGAUGCGUAACAAACUUGGCUACUACAAGAAAAUUAAAAACCAAAAUUCCUGGUUUUUGCCAAUUUUAGCAAUUGUGAAAUGUGAAAAUGAAAAAAAGUCUUCCUGAACGCAUUAUUGCAAAGCUAAGGGAAUCAAGUCCAAAGUUUACAGUACAAAAGAAGUGACAUUUAUGCUGUCAAGAUACCCAUUGCAUUAAAAAUAAAUUCCUAUCUUUGUAGCGUAUUUAAAUAUUUAAACUUAUGAUAAGUACCGAUCCAUAUGUACAUACAUACAUAUAUAUUUCUAUGUAAUAAUAACAAGUGUAAACAAAUUGUCUGCAUUUCAUCGAAGGCAUUUCAACAUUAUUUAAGAUUUUGGAGUAAAUGCCUAACUUUCAACUCACUUGUUUUUUUCACUUCAUUAGUUCCUACUACUAGUUGCACUCAUAAAUGGGAUGACUAACAGUUCUAUCAUCAACAACCAAAAAAAAAACCUAACAACAACACUGUAUAUAAUUUAAAUAAAAAAAAUCAUUUCGUUAAAUUUUUUGCAGUAAAGUUGCUAUAUAAUCACAAAAUAUUGCAAUUUUUUGUACAGUUUAAAUACCAUACAUACAUACAUACAUUUACAGUAUAAAUACAUUCACAUGAAGGGUUAUGUACCUGCGAGUGAUCAGUACUUUUUUGUUUUCUACAAAAAAUAUGACGCAAAAAAUUCUGCUAAGCAACUUUUCAUUAAAUUUUCGCUCGGUAUCAACGAAUAUAUUAUAACAAGAAUAAAAACCACCACAGUACAUACAUAUAGGUUAUAUAUACUGUAUGCAGAUAUAGGUUAUAUGUAAUUGUGAAGUAUACUAUUCGAAUAUACAUAUGUUUCAGUACAUACAUAUUUAUAUCUGCUAGUCAAAAAUAACUACAUAACUGAAAACUUCAAGCUGAGAAAAUGCUACUUUUAUGGAGGAUUGUUAAAGUUCCUAGACGUAAGGAGAGUAACUCUUUUGAUAAAAUAUUUUAAAGAAAAAUGUUACCUGUAUGCCAAAGAUUUACAAAGGACAAACAAAUAUGGAAGGACCAUACAUAGAUGGAAUUAAAACAAAAUAUUAAAAUUGUUAUUAGCUAAUUUACAUAUAAAAUAGGUUUACCUAUUUAAAAUGCUACUUUCGCAAACACAGUAUUUCAAAACUGUUUUCUUUGUACCCUGUGAUUUAAAAAAAAAAGUUUUACAGUAUCCCCCGCUUAAUUGACCCCCGGUUAAUUGAUUUAAAUAAUUUGAAUCAUCUGAUCGGUCAAAAAUACAUAUGUUGCAUAUAAAAUACGGGUAAAUUUUCCAGCCUUACUGAAUCCCGCAUAAUUGAUUAAAAAUAUGUGUUAAUGAAAAAAAUAUACCUUUAAUUUCCCCCGGUUAAUUGCACAAAACACUUUCGUUAAAAAAUAUUCUGACAUUGUCGCAUAUACUCAUACACAUACAUACAUAUUUCGCAACAUUUGUGAUAAGCAGCAGUUGGCAUCUCUACAAAGCAAUUGAAAACAUGUGUUUAUUGGUGAAGAUAUUUUGGGUACUGAUUUUAUCUCUGGUGCUGAGGUUGAGGAGUAAGAGAAAGAAAAUGAUCCUUCAAUGCCUCCGUCCCGUCAGUUUUCGAACUUUUAAAAUACAUACAAGAACUUCAUACUUAUUUUUAUUAAGAAAACAAGUUUUUGUGUGAAUUAGGGAAUAUAAAAACGCAUGUUAUUUCUUGUAGAAUGAACAAUAUACAAAAAAAUUACAGAUAUCUCAAAUUAACAUUUUAAAAAUGUAAGCACCGAUCUCUAAAUGCAUAUAUACAAUAACACGAAUAUAGCUUAAGUUUAUUUUAUUUUUUAUAACAAUGAUCUCUUAAUAUAUAUGUAUGUAAGUGUAUUGUCUUGUUUUUGUUCCCUAUAUUUUUAUACCCUGAACAGGGUAUAUUAGUUUGUAACUCCCAGAAGGAAACGUUGGAGACUCUAUAAAAGAUAUACACAAAUGAUCAGCAGGAUAAGCUGAGUUGAUUUAGGCAUUUUCGUCUGUCUGUCUGUCUGUAUAUAUAUGAACUAGUCCCUCAGUUUUUAAGCUAUCGAUUUAAAAUUUUGCACCUGCCUUUCCACACUAAAAUCGGAAGGGCCGAUAUCGGACCACUAUAGCAUUAGCUGUCAUACAAACUGAACAAUUAGAAUCAAGUGCUUGUAUGGAAAACUUUUUUAUUCGACGAGAUAUAUUCACUAAAUUAGGUACGAGUUAUUUUUUAAGGCAACGAUGUAUUCUCUAAAGAAAUUGUUCAGAUCAAAUCAGUAUCAGGGGUGUUGUGAAAUCCAAGAAAGAUUUGCGUAGUUGUCAGAAUUGCAAACUAAUUCUGAUUUUCAAUGGUGUCACAGAAUCUGAUUGGAUUUUCGUAUUUUCUAACAUAUGCCAAACCAAUAUUCGAAUCAGCUGUUUACUAAUGUGACAAAACUUGCAAAUGAAUAAAUUUGGAAGCGUUUGAUAAAUUUAAAACACUGAAUACAGUCUACUAAAGUUUACAAUCAGUUCCGCAGUUUCAGUGUUUAUUUUAUUGGAAGAAGAAAGCAACGAAAAAAAUAAAAGGAAGAUAUUAAAAGAUCACAGUAAUUCACUUGAUGCAUCAGAGGAAUCGCAUGUGAAAUUUGGCUUGCAUUUUCUUGUAUGUUUGUUCACAUGCUUACUAUACAGAUUUAUAUCACAUUAUUGACUGAAUAAAGACGCAUUUGGGCGUUGAAUAGCGUUAAUUAUAUUUUUUAAAUCCUCUUAAAAUAUCUUAGUUUCUUCCAUAAACUCAAUAAUUAUGAUAUUUUGUGUUUUAUUCUUAUGUUUUCCCGUAUACGAAUAGAGAAAAAAUUUUAUUGCUUUGUUUAUGAUAACAAAACCGAUAAAAUUGGUUUCCGUGACACCUAAAACCGAUACAAUUUCUGUUUCGAACGUGAAACCAAUAAUAUCUGAUUUCACGACACCUACUCAUUUUUUUUUUUGGUUUCAAUUCUGAUUCCGCUAACUAUCAGAUUCUACAACACCCACAUAUCAUAUAAGCAGCUGCCAGACAAAUUGAACAAUCGAAAUCAAGUUCUUGUUAGGAACCUUUGUAUUUGUAUAGCUUUGGUGCAACCGUUAACGUUUUUUCUUGUUUUCGUUUAAAGUUGAAAAUAUUAUUUAAAUAUCAUUAUUAAAAACUAAAUAAACACUUUAACUGAACAUAUGAAUUAUUUUUUAAUUGCUUUUUUUGUCCAACUAAGCGGGAUUCCUGAUUAAGGUGCAAUUAUCCGGGGGAUCCUACUGUGAAAAAUAUAUAUGUAUAAGCAUAAUAUUUAUAUAUGUAUGCCUGUAUACCACAAUAACGUUUAGUCGACUGUGUUUACAACUGGUAUAAACCAUAAGUCUCAUUAGUCAAACGACUUUAAAACGGAACUGGUAAACGGAACUUUUUUAUGUCAGACUUUUGGCCAGGAAUAUGACAGUCUAAUACUAUUAAAAACUAGCUAAAAGAUGUGAAGGAUUAUAUGAAACCGAUUGUUAUCAAUAAAUAUAAAUGACACUUACAUAUAUGUCCGAGACACUUGACGCCAAUUUUCGCUUGGCACUGCUAUGUGUUGCAGCAUUAUUUUAUUAAAUAUCUUUUUUUAGAUUUUGUGAGUUAAAACGAAAUGGUUUUAUUAUAUUGUUUAUAAACUAAUAGUUGGCGAAAGCACUGGAUUCGUUUAUUUUCAGACUUAAGUGGACCAUAAAAAUCAGUUAUUCAGAUUUACUAAAGUGUUGUGCGUUUUUCAUAAAUCACGAGCAUUACUUUUUGAGUGGUGAACGGACAAACAUACAGAAUGUCAAACAAAAAUUCUAAAAACGUACAAAUGAUUUUAUAAUUACAAUAUAUAUACAUAUAUAUAUAUAAUACUUUACGUUAUAUGUAUAAGUGUACUUGCAUACAUAUAUAAAUAUUUUAUAUACUACACAUAUAACGAUUUUAUAUUAAUUUGUUAAUACCCCUUUCAGUUUUUCCAAAUCUCUGUUCUAAAGAGCUUAAACUAUGCAUAUCAAAACUUUGUAUACAAACUCCUAUGCUCAACUGAAGCCGGUACAUACUUUAUAGUGCAUUUAAUAAAAAACACAAUCGAUGUACAUUUUUCUAGCUUUAAAUUGUAGCGUAUAAUUUAAGUUUUUGCAAUAUACAAAUAUAUAAGAGACCUAUGAAGCUUUUUAGAGUUAUUGAUUUUAUCCAUUUACACAAUAUGUUACGCAUUACCAACAUACAUGUGUAUGUAUGUAGGAGUAGAAUAAAGUUUGUUAGAAUAUUAUCUAGAGUAUGUUUAGGGAAAUGCAUAAACUACUUUUUGUCUUGACGUACUAAAAUACUUACAUGUAUGUGUAGAAAAAAAUUCAAAAAAAAUAAAGAAUUAAAUUAAAUAAUGAUAAAAAUGAAUCAAAACUAAUUGUGCACACAGGUCAAAUCAAAAUAUUAAUAAAAAGGGAAAAUGUACAUACAUAUACAUAUUUACUUUUUGUGUACGUUCUAAGUAGCUCAGACACAAAUUGAUAUUAAAUAGAUCUGAAACAUUUACAUACAUAUAUUGUUAUAUAUAGGUCAAAAUAUAUAUUAUUAUAUUAUUAGUGGAAAAAUAAAUUUAUUGAAAUCAUUCAAUUGGAAA